AUCAGCAUAUAUCUCAAAGUUGGAAGACGCACACAAUUUUGAUAAACUCUAAAUACAUCGCUCUUAUUCACUUUUUUAGAAGGCAAAAAUGGCAUCCCAGAAGCAGAGCUACGGAGCUGGUGAAGCCAAGGGCCAAGCUGAGGAAAAGGCUGGCCAGAUGAUGGGCUCAAUAGGGGAGAGGGCCCAAGAAGGAAGGGACAAGGCCCAAGACACAACCCAAGCAACAAGGGACAAGACAUCCGAGACGGGCCAAGCAGCCAAGGACAAAACCCAGGGAGCUACCUACCAAGUCAAAGACAAGGCAGCAGAGAAGGCAGAGGCUGCAAAACAGAGGGCAGAAGAAGCAGCCCGGAAGGCCAGAGAGACAGCCGAGCAUGGCAAAGAGAAAACCAGUGGGGUACUGCAGCAGACUGGAGAACAGAUGAAGCACAUGGCUCAGGGUGCUGCUGAUGCUGUGAAAAGCACUUUUGGGCUGGCCAAGAAUGAUGAGGAGAAAGUUGAAACUGGGCUUUCUGAUAAGAAGGCUGGCACUCGCACUGGAACUUGAACUGACGGGCUAUAAAUAUUAGUAAUUUAUAGGAAUUUAUAAGUUAGUGGCAAAGAAAAAUUGUUUUUUUGGUUAAA